AUGCCUCUUCACAACAGUGACGGCAGUGCAGAAUGGAUUGCUGGCCAUAAUGGAGGCGAUACCAGGAUAAUAUGCUCGGUUAACGGUCCUAUUGAGGUCAAAACCAGAGACGAGCUGCCCACCAUGGCCACUCUGGAGCUGGUUGUGCGCCCCGUGGUUGGCCUACCGACUAUCCGCGAGACGUUACUGCAGGACUGCACUUAUGGUUGUUUGAGAUCGAUUGUAUUGCGAACGCAACUCCCCAGGUCGUUGAUUCAGAUCGUCGUGCAAGUGCUGGAUGCUGGCGAGCCUGUUGAGUACACCGUUUAUGAGCUUGUUGGUGCGAUCAAUAGCAGCGUACUAGCGCUGGCGAAUGCGGGCAUUCCUCUUAGCGGGCUAGUUGUCGCAGUUUGCCUGGCCAUUGUGGAAGGGGAAAUCGUUUUGAACCCCGGCGUCGAUCAGCUCAAAAAGUCCCAAUCCACCCAUGCUGUGGCCUACAAGGUCGAUAACGGUCCUGAGGAAGUCCGGUUCAGGCUCGUCAUGUGCGAGUCUACCGGGCUCUUUACCCAGAACGAACUUCUACAGGUCCUAGAGACAGCUGAGGAUGCCGCACGCGAGGAAAACAAGAAAAUGCGCAGCAUGAUUGAGCAACAAGUCGCUGAAAGUCUAGCUUUUGCCUAA